AUGGCGACCCAGGACUUUUUUCGCGAGUUCUCAUUCCCAGGCCAACAAGACACGGCAGGCUUCGGCCUUCCUUCUGUCGCUUCAUUCCCGUUGGGACUACAUCCUCGAGAAGAGAACAGUCAAGCAUCUCUGGCAGACCAUAUCCAAGCUAUCGAGACCAUCUCCAAGUCUGGUGAUUUCUUCAAGCUCGUACAGCAGCAUGGCGGCGCAGUCUUGAUCCGUGGUUUGCCCAUCAAGACAGCACAAGACUACAGUCAGAUUGCACACGCUUUUGGUUUCAGCGCCCACGAUGAAGUUGGUAGACCGCCGCUUCGGACCGUAUUAGCACUAAAUAUCAAGACUGCCAAUGAAGGUCCUCCAGAAAUGCCGAUCUGGCCGCAUAACGAAUACGGCUGGUCAACUGUCAACCCUGCUUGGUUGACAUUUUCUGCUUUGGUCACUCCUGAGAGCGGUGGCGAGACACCCAUCACCUCAAGUAUCAAGUUGGCUGCAUCAGUCAAACAACAAGCUCCCGAAUUCUUCAACACACUUCUCGAGAAAGGAGUCCGCUACGUGUAUCGCUACGGGGCCGACGAUGUUCGAAGCUCAAACACUGGCGCAAGUGUGCUAUCGGCAUACGGUGCUGAAGUGCUGCCUGGAGAUGACGCUGAGACUGUGAAGCAAAAGGUCGAGCAUGAGGUUCGCAGACACAGCAAUCGAUUCGAGUGGCACGAGGACGGGAGUUUGAGCGUGACACACGUUGUCCCAAUAAUCCGCAUUCACACCGAUACCGGACUAACGACAUGGUUUGGCAAUCUGACCAGUGCAUAUGGAAGGAGCAAGCACCACGGCGCCACUGAGCCUCCAUUUUUGGGAAAUGAUGGGGCACAUCAUCCUUUACCGACAUAUGGCGAUGGCUCUCGCAUUCCGACCGAAUAUCUGGAACUCGCUUUGAAACUUGCUGAAAGCUCGCAAGUAUCCCUCUCGUGGCAGCCAGGUGAUGUUGUACUGCUAGAUGUGGGUGUUAUUCCGCAUAAUCAAUUCGAUCUUGACGAUACUGACAAAUUUACAGAAUCUUGCCGUGAUGCAUUCACGUUCGCCCUGGGUGGGUACGAGGACAGUCUUGGCUGCACUCUGGGACCAGGGUGGUAG